AUGGUCUGGUUCAUAGCUGAUACUCCCCCUCCUGUGGAGCCCAUCGUUGUGCCAGUGAUUCCCGUUCCCAGAGAAUGCUUGUCUGGCGACUUCAGAUGUCAGGAUGGGCUGGCGUGUAUCCCUAGGGAGUAUGUGUGUGACAAACGGCCUGACUGCGAUGACUUCAGUGAUGAAAUUAACUGUGCUGUUGUUCCUGUACGCCCUACUCCACCUACGCCUCCUAAAACCAGACCCCCACCUGGCCUGGGACCCUGCCGUGCAGACCAGGCCACCUGUCAGAAUGGACAGUGUAUCUCACGGGACUAUGUUUGCGAUGGCGAAACAGACUGCGCUGAUGGCAGCGAUGAGUUCAAUUGUGGAACUCCAUCUCCCUGUGAACCCAAUGAGUUUAAGUGUCAGAACGGCCGUUGUGCCCUGAAACUGUGGCGUUGUGAUGGGGAUAAUGACUGUCAAGACAACUCAGAUGAGAUGAACUGCCCCACUAAAGAUCCAGGGGACACAUGUGCCCCGGAGCAGUUUGUGUGUUUGUCUGACCGCACAUGCAUUCCUGCCAGUUACCAGUGUGACGAGGAGCCGGACUGUGCCGACCGCUCUGAUGAAUACGGUUGUGCACCUCCCACUGUGACCGUCCCGCCGGAAGAGUCCAUCACGGUAGCGCGGGGCGACACUGUGACCUUUACUUGUUCUGCCAUUGGUGUACCUGUUCCCAUCAUCACAUGGCGUCUUAAUUGGGGACACAUACCAACCAGUAACAGAAUCACAAUGGCCAAUGAGAAUGGGCGAGGAACGAUCACCAUCCGCGACGUGAAGGAAGGUGACCAGGGUGCGUACACCUGCGAGGCCAUCAACGCUAAAGGCCUUGUGUUUGCCAUUCCUGACGGGGUCCUCAGCCUGUCUCAGAGACCAAACCCAGGUAACUGCCGUGAUGGACAUUUUAGCGUGGGCGAUCACUGCAUGCCAUGCUUCUGUUUUGGCAUCACAAAGCACUGUCAGAGCACCGGUCGCUACCGCAGCCAAAUCACACUGCGCUUCACAGAGGAAGAGGACUUCAAAGGAGUCAAUGUGUCAUUUCCUAGUCGUCCAGGCACCCAACCACCUCUCUCCUCCACUCAGAUGUUGAUCAAUCCAGAGAGUGAGGAGUUCCAGCUAGUGGAUCUGUCUCGCCGUUUCCUUGAUCAAGACUCCUAUUGGACUCUGCCUCGCCAGUUCCUGGGCAACAAGGUUGACUUGUAUGGAGGUUAUCUGAAUUUUAAAGUGAGUUACUCACUGCAGCGAGGUGGAUCGGAAUUAAAGGAGAAACCUGAUGUUGUGCUGAGCGGCAACGGGCAGAAAUAUAUUUACCGCAGAGGCGACCCCACUUUACCUGACACAAUCAACCAUAGAGAGAUCAAGUUUACAGAGGAAAACUGGCAGCACUCUUCAGGACGAGCAGUAACUCGUGAUGACCUCAUGAUGACCUUGGCCAAUUUGGAGAGCAUCCACAUUCGCACCAUUUAUGACAACCGCAUGGCCAGUGUCGGUCUGAGUGACAUCAGCAUGGAUACCACCAGCAAAGAAUUCACCCUGCAGGAGAACCCGAGAGACGUGGAGGAGUGCAGAUGUCCUGCUGGGUAUUCAGGCCUGUCUUGUGAGUCCUGCUCCCCUGGUUUCGAGCGGGUACCUGGACCCUACCUGGGCAUCUGUGCUGGCUGCAACUGCAAUGGUCAUGCCAGUGCCUGUGACCCUAUUAGUGGACACUGCCUGAGUUGUCAGCAUAACACAGAAGGACCUCAGUGUGACAAAUGCAAGCCUGGCUUCUUCGGUGACCCAAGUCGAGGACGAUAUGAUGACUGCAAACCCUGUCCUUGUCCAUACACAGAGACUUCUCGACGGCUUUCAGAUACUUGCUUCCUGGACCAUGACAACCAGGCAACAUGUGACGCCUGCAGACCCGGUUACACAGGGCGACGUUGUGACAAUGAGAAUGGGCGAGGAACGAUCACCAUCCGCGACGUGAAGGAAGGUGACCAGGGUGCGUACACCUGCGAGGCCAUCAACGCUAAAGGCCUUGUGUUUGCCAUUCCUGACGGGGUCCUCAGCCUGUCUCAGAGACCAAACCCAGUUGUGUCAUCCUCUCUGUACGUGUUAGCAGGUAACUGCCGUGAUGGACAUUUUAGCGUGGGCGAUCACUGCAUGCCAUGCUUCUGUUUUGGCAUCACAAAGCACUGUCAGAGCACCGGUCGCUACCGCAGCCAAAUCACACUGCGCUUCACAGAGGAAGAGGACUUCAAAGGAGUCAAUGUGUCAUUUCCUAGUCGUCCAGGCACCCAACCACCUCUCUCCUCCACUCAGAUGUUGAUCAAUCCAGAGAGUGAGGAGUUCCAGCUAGUGGAUCUGUCUCGCCGUUUCCUUGAUCAAGACUCCUAUUGGACUCUGCCUCGCCAGUUCCUGGGCAACAAGGUUGACUUGUAUGGAGGUUAUCUGAAUUUUAAAGUGAGUUACUCACUGCAGCGAGGUGGAUCGGAAUUAAAGGAGAAACCUGAUGUUGUGCUGAGCGGCAACGGGCAGAAAUUUAUUUACCGUAGAGGCGACCCCACUUUACCUGACACAAUCAACCGUAGACGGAUCAAGUUUACAGAGGAAAACUGGCAGCACUCCUCAGGACGAACCGCAACUCGUGAUGACCUCAUGAUGACCUUGGCCAAUUUGGAGAGCAUCCACAUUCGCACCAUUUAUGACAACCGCAUGGCCAGUGUGGGCCUGAGUGACAUCAGCAUGGAGACCACCACCAAAGAGUUCACACAGCAGGGGAACCCGCGAGACGUGGAGGAGUGCAGAUGUCCUACUGGGUAUUCAGGCCUGUCUUGUGAGUCCUGCUCCCCUGGUUUCGAGCGGGUACCUGGACCCUACCUGGGCAUCUGUGCUGGCUGCAACUGCAAUGGUCAUGCCAGUGCCUGUGACCCUAUUAGUGGACACUGCCUGAGUUGUCAGCAUAACACAGAAGGACCUCAGUGUGACAAAUGCAAACCUGGCUACUUUGGUGACCCAAGUCGAGGAAGAUAUGAUGACUGCAAACCCUGUCCUUGUCCAUACACAGAGACGUCUCGACGGUUUUCUGAUACUUGCUUCCUGGACCAUGACAACCAGGCAACAUGUGAUGCUUGCAGACCUGGUUAUACAGGGCGACGUUGUGAGAAAUGUGCUCCAGGAUAUGUCGGCAACCCUCUUCAGCCCAACGGCCAAUGUAUCCCUGCUGCUAGCCCGAUUACCAAGUGUGAUAACAGAGGAACCAUCAAUCCCAUCAGCAAACCAUGCUAUUGCAAGGCCAAUGUGGUUGGUGCUCUUUGCGAUGAGUGUAAGAAUGGUGCUUUUAAUUUGGCGGCUGAUAAUCCUGAAGGUUGCUUGCAGUGUUUCUGUAUGGGAGUGACUAAACAGUGUGCCAGUUCAACCUGGAGCAGAGAUCAGGUUCGAGGUGGUGUCAAUGGCCAGCUCUUCACACUUUCCAAUGCAGCAAAUACUAGGACCAUCUCUGAGGGCAUCACUCAGAGAGCCAGUGCAGAGGUGGUCUACCGAUCCUUCACCAGUAUCCCUAAUGACAUCUACUACUGGGUCCUGCCUCAGAGUUUUAGAGGGGACAAGGUCACAGCAUAUGGUGGAGAACUGCAGUACAGGAUGCAUUAUGAGCUGCAAGCUCUUUCACUAGUGCUUGAUGGACAACCAAAUGUGGUUCUCCAAGGCAACAACAUCUUCCUGGAACAUUAUUCUCAGACCAGAACAUUUGCUGGAAAACCAGCCACCAUCACUGUGCCUUUUAGAGAGUCUGCAUGGAGACGGUCGGAUGGACAGCCAUGUACUAGAGAGCACCUGCUGAUGGCUUUGGCCAAUAUCAGCGUCUUUAUGAUCAGAGCCACUUAUGCAUACAAUAUGGCUGAGAGCAGUAUCUCCAAUAUACAAAUGGACAUUGCAGUGCCCCACUCUACAGGAAAUGAAAGGGCUCUGGAGGUGGAGGAGUGUGCCUGCCCUCAAGGAUACACAGGACCUUCUUGCCAGGACUGUGAUGUUGGCUACACCCGUACACCUGGACUUUAUCUUGGCACCUGUGAGAAGUGUGACUGCCAUGGGCAUGCCAGCGGCUGUGAGUCAGAGACUGGAGAUUGCCUGAAUUGCCUGCAUAACACAGUUGGGCGCCGUUGUGAAAAUUGCCUCCCUGGUUUCUAUGGAAAUCCAAAGACUGGUGAUCCACAGGCAUGUAGACCCUGUCCUUGUCUAGGACACUCCAGUAGCCAGCCUUCAUCUUGUUACUUGGACUCAGAUGGACAGCCCACAUGUGAAUGUCCUGCUGGUUAUACUGGAAGACGCUGUGAAAGAUGUGCCCCAGGAUAUACUGGCAAUCCCCAACUUGGACAAAGAUGCACUCCAGACAGCGGUAAUGGUGAUUGUUACCGUUGUGACGAAAGUGGUAGCGAAGGAUGUAGUUCAAAUGGAAUCUGUCGCUGCAAGAUGAACGUUGAGGGGUCAACAUGUUCCACUUGCAAGCAAGGGACCUUCUACCUCAGUCCUGCUAACAAAGAUGGCUGUCUGUUCUGCUUCUGCAUGGGCGUCACCCAGCAGUGCUCCAGCUCCAGAUAUUAUAGAGAUGUGGUUUCCACCGUUUUCACCCCUGGCAACUACCAAGGUUUUGCUCUUGUAAACCGCCAGCGCACCAACCGCAUUGACAGUGGCUUCUCCAUAGAGCUGUCCACAGAUGGAACACAACUCUCCUACACUAACUUUAACUAUCUUGGACAGGAGCCCCACUAUUGGCAGUUACCCAACGCCUAUCAGGGAGACAAGGUUGGCGCAUAUGGUGGAAAGCUGAAAUAUACCAUCUCCUAUGUGCCAGGACCCCGAGGUUCUCCAAUAGAAGAUGCUGAUGUUCAGAUUAUUGGUAAUGACAUCACGCUGGUGGCACGCCAACCAUGGAGAAGAGGGCAUGGAGCCCGAGAGUCACAGGACUUUGAGAUUGUUUUCAGAGAGGAACACUGGCAGCGUCCAGAUGGCAUGCCGGCAACCCGGGAACACCUGAUGAUGGUGCUCGCGGACCUCGAUGACAUCUUGAUCCGUGCCUCGUAUCACACAGAGAUGCGCUCAUCCAGUAUUUCGGGGGUCCGCAUGGAUAUCGCUGUGCCCGAGUACACUGGCCUGGCCCAGGCUUUGGAGGUGGAGCAGUGCCAGUGUCCUCCUGGUUACCGUGGUCUGUCCUGCCAGGACUGCACUCCUGGAUACACUCGCACAGGAGGAGGCUUGUACCUUGGCCACUGUGAGCCAUGUGACUGUAACGGCCAUUCGGACUUCUGUCACCCAGAGACUGGCAUCUGCACGAACUGCCAACACAACACCAAGGGUGAGCUGUGUGAACAGUCCUUACCAUCCAAACCUAUUGAAGUCUUUAUCGAGGAGCCCAAAACACAGAGUGUGGCGGUGGGAUCUACAGUGAGCUUCAUCUGCACUGCCAAAAGCAAGCUGCCUGCGUACACCCUGGUUUGGACCCGCAAAGGCAACGGCAAGCUGCCUAACCGGGCCAUGGAUUUCAAUGGAAUCCUGACCAUUCAUAACGUGCAGCCUGAGGACGCAGGCAUCUAUGUUUGCACGGGCUCCAAUAUGCUUGGCAUGGAUGAGGGCACAGCCAAACUCUAUGUCCCAGAGGCUUCUCAGUCACAGAUGUUUUACACAGCCUAUGAGAUGUUUGAAGGACAUAGAAAGCCUACUGAAGGGGCCCAGCCGGUGGCCACAGUAAAUCCACCUGUGCUGACAGUCCAACAGGGCCAGCGGGCAGAGUUCCGCUGCACAGUGACCGGCAACCCCACCCCUGCUGUGGAAUGGAUAGGAGGUCCUGGGAAACGAAUCAGUUCAAAAGCUGUCAUUCGUAAUGGGCUGCUGACCAUCCCAUCUGUGGAUCGCUCGGAUGAGGGCGAGUACAUCUGCAAGGCUCUGAACACACAUGGCGAGCACACAGCCCGAGGAGUUCUUCAUGUUCAAAGUACAAGUCAACCUCACGGUCUACCCCAUGUACAAGUGAGCCCUCCGCGGGUGGAAAUUCACGAGGGUGAGACUUUGCGGUUGUACUGCAGGGCCGUUGGCAGUCCCACUCCUGCCCUCACAUGGAAGAAGAGAGGUGGUUCACUGCCGCCACAGGCAAUUCCUUCUCACGGUUUCCAUCAGUUUAAAAGCAACAGUCUCGAUGUGUUACAGAGACGUAUUGAGGAGCUACAGGCCCGCAUGGAGCGCACUGACAUCGGCACUCUCCUCGUACCCAAUAUCAGGUCGUCUGAUGCAGGCACAUAUCUCUGUGUUGGAACUAACACUGUUGGUUCCUCAGAAGCUCAUGUUGAGGUCUUUGUAAAAAGAGGAGAAAUCAUCCCCUCUGGAGUCACCAUCCAGCCCUCUAUUGCUUCUGUAAUGGAGGGAGAGACUCUAGAUCUUAAUUGCAUCAUCCCAGGAACCUCUCCAGCAUCUGUCAAAUGGAGCAGGGCAGGCGGCCUGCUGUCGUCCAAUCAUCAGGUUUUGGGAGCUCAGCUGCGGAUCCUGCAGGCCUCUGCAGAUGACACUGGAGAAUAUAUCUGUCAGGUGGAGGACGGCCCAUUCCCCCGUCAGGCUUCUGUAUCUGUGUCUGUGACGUCCAGCUCCUCCCGUCUCCAGAGCCCCAUUAUCUCCAUUGAGCCACACAGCGCAGCAGUGAAGCAGGGCGAGUCAGCGAGCUUCAGGUGCAGGGUCCACAGCGGAGCCCAGCCGGUGCGCUUAGAGUGGAAACCCACCAACAGCCUGCCUCUGCUAGAUAACGUGAAGUUUGGUCCUGACAAUUCACUCAUGACUAUUACCAAUGCCCAAGCCAAAAACCAGGGCACCUAUCGCUGUGUGGCCAGCAACCUGUUCGGAAUGACCCACAGCAUAGCUUCACUAAUCGUGAGAGAAUCUCCUAAGGCUGUAGUGACCCCUGCAGGACCGGUGCGAAUCAGGGUCGGCGAUCCCAUCAAUCUUGAUUGCCAGGCCGCUGGAGAGCCAAGACCCUCUGUCAGAUGGCACAGACUAGACAACAACCGCAGAACGAUUCUGAGCAGCCCCGUGCCUGUCGAUUCCAGUGCUAUCAUGCAGAUCUUAGUUGCACGGACGGAAGACAGUGGCACGUAUGUGUGCACUGCACAGAACAACCAGGGCACAACUGAAACUCGAGUAGAGGUGUUUGUUGAAGGAGGGCCUCAGGUGCCCACUGUUCCCCGUGCCAGCGUACGUGAGCCUAUGAUAGUCGUGGUAGAGGGAUCAACCGCAACACUUCAUUGCGACGCCCAUGGAUUCCCAAAGCCCACCAUCACGUGGUCUAAAGAACGGUCUUCUCUUCCUUGGACACACAAGAUUGUUGACAACAGCCUGGUCUUACCUAAUGUGGGCCGUCAGGACUCUGGUCAAUAUGUCUGCAAUGCAACCAACCACAUGGGCACCAGUGAAGUCACCAUCAUGCUGGAAGUAGACUCCCCACCCUAUGCCACUUCCUUGCCUGAUGACGUGUCCGUGCGAGUGGGUGAAGUAAUCCGCCUGCAGUGCCUGGCCCGUGGCACCCCACCCCUGCGUUUUGAGUGGACUAAGGUCAAUGGCAGCUUGCCUCCUACUGCUCAGCAGCAAGGAGGAGACCUCCAGAUCAACCUGGCCAAGGAGAGCGAUGCUGGGACGUACAAGUGUGUGGCCAGCAACAAGGUUGGCAAGAGUGAAGCGCUGGCCAGAGUCUCUGUCCGAUCACCCCUGUCAGUGAAAGUGUCCCCACAGGUAGAAGUGAAGGCUCUGGGCAGCGCUGUGGAGUUUACCUGUGCUGCUAAAGGAGGGUCUCACGUUGAGAUUGAAUGGCUAAAGGAGGGGGGGGUUCUUCCACCAAAUCAUCACAUUAAAGACGGAGUGCUCAGAAUUGAGAACCUUGAGCAAAGCAAUGAGGGAACCUACACCUGCAGAGCUACAAGUCUGUUUGGACAGGCUCAGGACAGUGGCAAACUCACCAUUCAAGCUCUACCCAAAGUGAUGAUCAAUGUGCGCACAUCAGUACAGACGGUGAUGGUGGGCAACUCAGUGGAGUUUGAGUGCCAUGCGAUCGGUGAUCCUGAGCCCACGGUGCGCUGGAGUAAAGUUGGAGGCUCUCUUCCCGAUCAUGUGGAAAUAAGGGGGAACAUCCUGAGGAUUGAUCAUGUGGUCGAAUCAGAUUCAGGACAGUACCGCUGCACAGCCACUAAUAAUGUUGGCUCGGAGUAUAACCAGGUGGUCCUUAAUAUCCAGUCCUUGCCUCAGAUUUCUGCACAGCCUGAGUCAAAGGAUGUAACUGUUGGCUCUGAUGCAGUCUUGCCUUGCAUUGCAUCUGGAUACCCAGUCCCAACCAUCACAUGGUCAAAGUUGGAGAAUGAGUUGCCCCCUAAGUGCAGACAGGAUGGCCAUGUCCUGACAGUCCCUGGUGUCACUCACACAGAUGCAGGAACGUACGCGUGUACGGCUGCUAAUAAGCAAGGAAAAGUCGAGGCCUUCACCAGACUCGUUGUUCAUGAGAGAGUGAUGCCCUAUUUUACCCAGGAGCCACUCUCAUACCUCACACUCCACACUAUCAGAAACGCCUACCAUGCAUUCAGCAUCAAAAUUACCUUCAGGCCGGAUAAUGUUGAUGGUAUGAUUCUCUAUAAUGGACAAAAGAAGACCACCGGUGCUGACUUCUUAUCUUUUGGAUUAGUGGGGGGCCGUCCUGAAUUCAGGUUUGAUGUAGGCUCUGGUAUGGCAACUAUUCGUUACCCUACUUCCAUUAAACUGGGCGAGUUUCACACAGUGAAGCUGUAUAGGAAUGAGACUCGGGGCUCUCUUGUUGUGGAUGGAGAAGCUCCUAUAAAUGGAACCUCACAGGGAAAAUUCAAGGGUCUGGAUCUGAAUGAGGAUCUUUUUGUGGGCGGUUAUCCAAACUACAGCAUGCUUGCUAAAACUGCAGGCCUCAAGACAGGGUUUGUCGGCUGUAUCAAGCAGCUGAUUAUCCAAGGUGAAGAGGUCAUUUUCAAGGACCUUGAUAAAAGUUCCACCGGAGUUUCAAAUUGUCCCACUUGCAAGGAUCGCCCAUGUCAGAAUGGUGGCGUAUGUGAGGACUCUGCCGCCAGUCUCUACAAAUGCAGUUGCCCAAGAGGAUUCGCAGGAGCAACUGUCAGCAUCACUCUUCCUUGCACUGUCACACAGGCCUGUGGACCAGAUGCCACCUGUAUUAACCGACCCAGUGGUUUGGGCUACGAUUGCCGAUGUCACUUGGGCAAGUCUGGAAACAAGUGCAUGGAUGGUACUCUGGUAACAACUCCAUUGUUUGAUGGCGACGAGUCUUAUAUUGCGUAUCCUCCUCUUACUAAUAUUCAUAACGACCUCCGGAUUGAGAUGGAGUUCAAGCACAUGGAUUCAGAUGGACUGAUGUUCUUCAGCGGAGGCAAAAAGAUGAAAGUGGAGGACUUUGUGAUGUUAUCCAUGGUGGACGGACAUGUCGAGUUCCGAUAUGAACUUGGAACAGGUCAAGCAGUUCUGCGCAGUCAGGAGCCCGUGUCUCGGGGUCAGUGGCAUCGCGUGGUGGCAGAGCGGCUCAAUAAGGACGGCUCCUUGAAGGUGGACCAUGCACGAGAAAUCACAAGAUCGUCUCCAGGCAAGGCCCAGGGCCUUAAUAUCCACACACCCAUGUAUCUGGGAGGAGUGCCCAGCAUGGACAUCUUGCCCAAACCUGCCAAUGUUAGCAUGCUGUUUGUUGGAUGCAUAGGAGAGGUCUUCAUCAAUGGAAAGAAGUUGGAUAUAUCAUACAGCUUCACUGAAAGCAGAGCCAUCAGCCAGUGUAAAGAUGGCAGCCCAUGUGACCGCAGGCCUUGUCUGCACAGAGGCACCUGUAUGGCCAGUGCUGAGUACGAGUAUCAGUGCCUCUGCGCUGAAGGAUACGAGGGUGACCGUUGUGAAAUAGUGAGGGAGAGCUGUCGAGACUCCUCUCAGUGUCAGAACAGUGGCAGCUGUGUGAAUAACCACUGUGUGUGUCCCGCCGGCUACACAGGCCGGCACUGUGAGAAAGGGCAGGAGUCCAGCUUCACCGAGGCGCUGUGGAAUUUGGAGGGUAAUGGGGGAAAUGACUCUCCGAUUGAAUAUUCUGCAUAUUUCCAUGGUAAUGGAUAUCUGGCCCUUCCAAAGCCAAUUUUCCCACGAAGUGCUCCUGACUCUCCAGAGACCAUUGAGUUAGAGAUCAACACUGUCUCUAAAGACUGCCUCAUCAUGUGGCAGGGAGUGGAGCCUGCAGGCGCUCUAAGCCUCCAUAAGAAGCAUGCUAGUAUAAAGGAACUGGGAGGUCAAGGAAAGGGGAAGGACUUCAUAAGUCUUGGUUUACAAAAUGGACAUCUUGUGUUUAGUUACCAGCUGGGCAGUGGAGAGGCUCAGAUUCUCUCCAGAGAGCCAGUCAAUGAUGGACAGUGGCACAUGAUCACUGCAGUCCGAACGGGUAAGCAGGGCUACCUCCAGAUCGAUGGAGGAUCUGUCCAACGUGGACAAUCACAAGGCAAAAGCAUCAUGGUGAACACCAAGGGCAACAUAUACCUGGGUGGAGCUCCAGACAUGAAAGCAUUGACCGGUGGGAAGUACUCAUCAGGUAUCACAGGCUGCGUGAAGAAUCUCUCUCUGAUGAACGCUCGACCGGGAGAACAGCCAGCGCGACCUAUCGACCUGCAGGUCCACGCAGAGGAGGGCAUCAACGUGGAGCGCUGCUUAACAUAGACGCAGUACUAAAACACUAGCAGAGACUACAGAAAAAGACCCCUCAUCCACAUUCACACUGAGAUGCUUACAGGACAAACAACAGUCACACUUUAAGAGACACACUGACACGUGUUUCUUGGUGCUUCACCGCAACCGAAAAAAACACACAAGAAAGGAUUCUUUGCUCUGUGCUGCGUUAAACCAAAAAACGAGAAAGAAAAAGUUAUGAUAUUAACAAGUCUUCAAUUUUUCAGUGUUUUAUGCUCAAUGAAGGACUUAUUAACACAGAAGCUCAGUUUACAUACUCCGAACAGUAGCUUUAUAGCCAUGAGAAAAAGAUGACAAAAAAGUUUCAAAAUAAACGUGAUGAGCCUUCUACGGUGGGUCAGAUCCUAUGGAAUCGGAGAUGUUUUUACAGCACUGAAUUUUUAUUUAUAAGCAUAUUAAUCUAUAUAUAUUAUAUUUGUGGGGGGAAAUGCAAGCUAACAAUAACCUGCUCAUUUGUUUUCCUAGCAGUGAUUCUAGGCUCUAAUAAUGCGUGUCUGAGGUUUUAGUGCCCGAGCUGUGUUAAUACUUGAAGACUGUGCUGCCUUUUAUUCUGUUUAAGGGCCAGUGGGGGCGAGCAUGCUUAGAUAACAUAAUGAAUGGGUCUCUGUGGGGUCACAGCACAGAAGACGUCAAGAAGCAUCUCAGGUGAAGAAAAAAUACAAAUUGGGAGAUCAUAUAUAUACGGUGUCAACUGCAUAUAUUUGAAAUGACAUGACUUCCAUGCUUGGAAACAUUGCUGUGUCUAGUAAUAUAAAAAAAACAUAUGGUGCUAAAUUCAGACAUGACAAAGGCAACAAAACAAGCACAUAAUCAUAGUGUCAGUUUCUUGUCAUUUUUGCUUCUCUGAAUGGAUUGUAAGAAAUAAAAGCCGCAGCUUUACAAUAAAAUAAAACACUGUUUACUGAUUGCAAUCCCUCAAGCCAAAGUAUUGAGACUGAAGUUCGUUUUAGAUUAAAAGUGGAUGUGUUCUCUCUAAAUAGUGAAAUAUUUUGACAUUAUAUUGUUUUUUUGUUGUUGUUUAAUAACAGAAUUAGAAUUAUUAAAAUUCUUAUAGUGGAUGACAAAUGUUACAGAAAAUCACAUAAUUGAAAAUCAUUAUUUUUACAGUCUUAUCUAUUUCUCACAGUUUUGCUGUUAACAACCACACUUACAUAUUAUUUUGAAUGAUUGAUUUGUAUUGAGAUGUCUUUUUCCAUUACAUUCAUAUUCUUUAUGAGUCUUACAGAGUACAUUGAACAAAAGAGGAAAUGUGUGUCAUCUUCAAGAUCCUCCAGAGGGUUAAUGGAGAACUGACUCAUCUACAGCAAACCGUGAAGGAUCAUUAUCUCAAUCAGAAUGUACUGGAAGAGAUUCUUUCUGGUUGUUCUCAUUGCAUAGAGAAAUGAAUGUGAGAAGAGACAGAAUAGAAGGUCUACAGUGAAAAUACUGCCUAGUGAAACCCCUCUUUUAUUAGUGCUGUGACUUGGAGCUCUAAUGAACAUGCUCACCCACAUGGGCCAGACAGGGGUCAAAGGUCACUUUGGCCCCCUUGUGUCUUUUUCACCGUUUUAUAUGACUGAGGCUUGCCUGUUAAUUUUCUUUUUAAAAAGGCGCAUUACUGCUUAAAGUUGCUUUACUUUUAUUAUUAUUAUUUGAUUCUGUCUUUUGUCAUCACUGAUUUCUGAGCCAGAAAUGGCUUUAAAGCAUGAUCACACAAGCUGGUGUUUUUUUAUAUUUUUGUUCCUACUGCACCACUCGAUCUGUGCUUUUGUGUUUGAAUUUUGAUAUUGAGAUCAAAGAUGGCUGAGGAAUCCAGUUCUGUCUCAAUAGUGUACAAUAAUUUCCCACAAUCUACAUGACGUGUGAGUUCAGUGUUUGGCAGGCUGGAGCCAAAACCCUUUUAAAAAGUGGCUUUUCAUGUCAUUUCAACCCUGAUGGCUGUAGGAGUAUACUUUUCUUUGGAAAGAUGAGUAAAAAGA